UUUAAUGUAAAAUGUAAUUGCGGAAAUUGUAAUUUUCAAACGUUUCAAACCGAGCAGAAAUCCUAAAAAGAGAGUUGAACUUCGCGCAAUUCCGAACGACUUCCGGUUCCUGACUGGUCACGAAUCACGAUGCGCAGAAAAUUCUUUAGGAUCAUGUAUAAACGGUAUAUAAAUAUAAACGUCGAAAAAGUGCUCCCGAAAAAUGGAUUAUUAUUAAAUUAUCACAAAAAUAUAAAAUAAAAUAAAAGAAGUAAUCAAAACAAACUUAAAAGUUACCCGCGAUCGCGAAACACUAUCAGCAUUGCCAAUAAAAAAUAAAAGUUUCAUAAGUUUGCCACACUGGCGUGGUCGGCACCUGUCAAACUUUUGUCGUCUGCUAUCAAGAGCAGAAGUGCUUCCGUAAUUUGAGUAUAAUUUAAGUUUGUUUCAAAAUUAUUAUUAAGUUAUUUGAUUUAUCUUCGAAAACUAAUAACUCUAACUAACGUCCUCGAGUUUAAAUUAAUCAUUUUUUUAUUAUUUUCCCCUAAAAAAAAACGAUGUUUAAAUUUUUCGUCUUCCACCCAGUUUUUGUGUUUCUAUUAUUAAUUAUCAUUUGUCAAGUGUUUGGCAAUAAAAAAUCGAAAAUAACCGACGAGGAAUUAUUUGCCACUCAAUUACCACCAUGUGCUGCUUGCAAGGCACUCAUAAAGUCUUUCAAUUCCGGAAUGACUGCGACGAAACGAGGUAAAUACGAAGGAGGCGACAGUGCCUGGGAAGAGGAUAAAUUAGGCUCCUAUUCACGCAGUGAAUUGCGUUUCACGGAAAUUCAGGAACUAUUGUGUAAGGACGUGAAACAGGGUAAAAAUCAGUGUCACUUUCUAGCGGACGAGUAUGAGAAUAUUUUACAAGAUUGGUGGUUCAAGGAACAGGACAAUGAACCAGAUAUUUACGCUUUUGUUUGUAUCAAAAAAUUACAACACUGCUGUCCAGAGAAGCAUUUUGGCAAAAAUUGCGAUGCAUGUCCUGGAUAUCCGGACAAAGUUUGUUACAAUAAUGGCAAAUGUAAAGGUUCGGGGACGAGAAAAGGAAAUGGCCACUGUGUCUGUGAGAAAGGAUACGCAGGCAACGAUUGUUCCGAAUGUGACACGGGAUUUUAUCAAACUUACAAGGAUGAGACAAAACUUUUAUGCACCGCCUGUCAUUUGUCAUGUGACGGACCUUGCAAGGGUCCUGGACCAAGGAAUUGCGAUAGUUGCUCAAAAGGAUGGCUAUAUGUGAAGGAUAAAGGUUGCUUUGAUAUUGAUGAGUGUAUUAUGAGCGAAAGACCCUGUGGGUCUAAUCAAUUCUGUGUUAAUGAGGAGGGAUAUUAUAAAUGUUUAGAAUGCGACAAAGUAUGCAAUGGAUGCAUAGGCGAUGGACCCGACAUGUGCACCAAGUGUGCGAUUGGUUAUCACAAAAAGGACAAUAUCUGCAUAAAUUCAGAUACUCUAGGACGAAAGAAAGCAGAAAAUGUCACUCGAUACGUGACAUAUUUCGGCCUCGUUGUAGCGACUUCAAUUAUUUUCAAAAGAAAUACAUAUGCCGCGGGUUUGAUUGGAGUACUCGUCGCUGUGUAUAUUUCAGUCUCGGAGUACAUGGUCGCAAAUACAAAUAUUCAGGACUCAAUUGCAAAUCUAGACAUUUUGAGUCCUAUCACGUAAUAAUUAGUUUUCAAUUAGGAGUAUUUGCGUACUUAUAAAAUUGUCCUUGAAACAAAAAAAAACUGUUUUGUUUACGGAACAUUCUCAGGAUCAUUGAAAAUCAUGUAUGUAGUUCAAUUUAUCAUUAAUUUUAAGAAAAAACUUAGUGCAAAUUGUUCAUAAUUUCUAAUUGUUAAUUAAGACUACAUAACUAAAGUAGAUAUUAGUUUAAAUUCAGAAAAAUAAAACUUUUCAAUUUCUGAUAGAAAUUCGAUAAUUACUGUUUAUUGAAAUUUUUUACUUUUCUCAAUUUGAAUGAAUUUUAUUGAUAGUUUUCGUCGUCAAGUUACCGUAAUUUUAUGUGUGUAUAUAUGUGUAUAUUUUUUCAAUAUCUUUAUACUUGUCAGUACUGAAGUAUUUUCAGUACCCAAUUUUUAAGUAUUUUAAAGUUUUAAUUUUUCAAUUCCUGUUGAAAUUCAGUGAUUUAUUUGUGACCUUCCAGGAAGAAAGAGAAAUUGGUUCUGUCAAAAACAAAGUCCCUUUCUCCGUGGAAUUUUUUUCUUCUGUGUGAAUCAAUUUUUUGUAUAAUCAAAAUUUAAUUUCGAUUUUUUAUCAAAUUUUUCCAAUUUUUCUAUAUUUUAUAAUUUAUACAAACUGAGUGAGUUUUUAGACGAUUUUCACGAAAAUGUUGCCUGUAAAUUAUUACAAGAGUUGUGAGAAAAGUUGUGAACAUUUGUAAACGAAUAAGUGAAAUUAUCUCGAAAUAAGUGAAUUUUUUCUAUUAGAUUCGAGAUAUAUCUAUGUUUACAAAAUUGUGUCUGCAAUAUUUACCAAAAAAAAAAAAAAUAAUUUUUCAAGUCCACGUGUAAGUGUAUUACGUAACACGAUAUUACGGCCGUUACCUGCCAAGAUAAUUUUUAAAUUUCCGAGGUUCCUAAUAAUAAAAACAAAAUUCGGAUGAAAUUA